AUGUAUGGCAAAGUAAUGAUCAGAAGAAAAUCGAAGACGACCCAAAUUUCGGUUCUAACCACGCAAACGACGUUGGCUGAGGCAACAUCGGAAGUAUUUCACCGCUCGGAUUUGCGGGAUCUUCCGGAACAACUCCGAAGAGAGUUGCAAGUGCCGGAAACAGAACCAUACACGGUGGCAACAUCGGAAGUAUUUCACCGCUCGGAUUUGCGGGAUCUUCCGGAACAACUCCGAAGAGAGUUGCAAGUGCCGGAAACAGAACCAUACACGGUGGUUCAAGUUGAAGGGAAUAAUAGCAUUGUGUGUGGUAUCUGCAACAGACAGUUUGGAACACUAAAAGGGUGGCGGAUUCACGCCUCAAUGACACACAAGCAGGAUGGUUUUUCCGCUCGAUGCAGCCAUUACUUCCUGCUGCCACCCGAAUAUACGGCUGCACAGCAAAUAGCAGCGGUGGGGCUUCAUGCUCUCGAUUGUUGUCCGGCCGUAAUUAAACGAAAGGCGCGUAAAGCGCCGUAG